AUGGGUGAAGUAGAGGUGGAGCUCUACUGGAAUCAUGCGCCCAAGACCUGUAUGAACUUCUUUGAGCUGGCCAAGCGGAGCUACUACGACAAUACUCUCUUCCAUCGGAUCGUGACAAAUUUUGUGAUCCAGGGAGGAGAUCCCACUGGGACCGGACGCGGGGGUGAGUCUAUCUACGGACCAACCUUUGAAGAUGAGAUUCAUCCAGGUCUGAAGCACACCGGAGCCGGCAUCUUGUCCAUGGCGAACUCCGGGCCCGAUAGCAACGGCUCCCAGUUCUUUAUCACGCUCUCGCCUCAGCCCUCGCUGGACGGCAAGCAUGCCAUUUUUGGCCGGGUAAAGCGCGGCAUGAAGGUGGUGCAGAAAAUCGGAUCGGUGGCUACAAACGCACAGGACAAACCGAUCCAGGACCUGAAGGUGCUGAGGGUCCAGUGCCUCAGUGCAUCUCAGUGCAUCUCAGUGCUUCAGAGCUUUGCUUGCUUCAGCUUCUGGAUUUGCCCUUCAGACUGA